AUGAAGCGUCGCCAUGUUGACCUGCUCUUGGGUCUGCUACAUGCAGCAAUUGCUUGCUACCUAGUUUACCUGACCAAUGACGUGCAACCGACCGCAUACAUGGAUGAGUACUUCCAUGAGAAACAGACUCAGGCUUACUUGGCCGGACGAUGGUUCGAAUGGGACUCCAAAAUAACCACCCCACCCGGCCUCUACCUUCUUACUGCUGUCUUUUUAAAACCCCAGGAAUUCUUCCUCAAAGAUGCUGCCAGACAGAAUCUAACUGUCACGCAGUUUCGCUACUUCAAUGCACUCCAUUUGGGUGUGAAUGCUUUCCUCCUCUCCAGUAUCUCGUCGCACCUUUAUCGUUUGCCUCUGCCUCUCCACUUGCUUCACAUUACCAGCAUAGUCACACUGCCAGUACUCUUCUUCACCUCCUUCUUUUUCUACACUGAUCAGGUUUCGCUCGCGGCAGUCCUUGCAACUGCCUUGGCCUUCCUGUCCAAAGGCCAUUUAACCACCUUUUUCCUGGCCUGUUUUGCUUGUGCUGUGCGGCAGACCAACAUUGUUUGGUGUGCCUGCCUUGUAGGUAUGAACAUUGCCUUCAGGUUGUCUUCUCUAUGUAGGAAACGCGGCAGCUCGACCAAAGUCUCUCUAUUCGGUUGGUUCCUUGUCCUUCUUCGUUCACCAGUUCAAAUAAUACGUGCUGUUUUCAAAGGCAUCGUCUAUGAUGCACCGCUACUCACCGUUGUGGGAGGCCUAUUCAUGGCCUUCGUGUGGUGGAACGGGGGCAUUGUGUUAGGUGACCGUAGCUCCCACGAAUUCACUCUCCAUCUUCCACAGUUGCUUUACUUUCUGGCCUUUUGUGCCGCACAGACGCCCCUCCGUUUCAUCCUCUUCCUCCUCCAGUUGGCGCGAUCGUUGUUUACUCCGCGACGGCUUCUCCUUCUAUUGUUUCUACUCCUCUCCUUGACGGCUUUCUCUAUAGCCUCAGUACACUGCUGCACAGUGGCGCACAAGUACAUCCUCGCAGAUAAUCGCCAUUAUACUUUUUACGUAUGGCAGCGGCUAUUUCAACGUUAUUCGGCCUUUCGCUAUGUCUGCCGCUACUUCAUUGUGCCCUUUGUGGUCUGGCGUCUGUUAACUGCGCCAAAUUCGGCAACUGUUCCCGUCGCGUGGCUGAUUGCUGUGUCCGAGGUGUUCUUAAAUGUGGCAGUCAAUUGUAUUACAGUGUACGUCUUCCUUUACAAACCCUUUUUCUGGAAUUCACAGGCCUCCAUCCCACAGAGAUUUAUGUGGUGA